UAAGCGCCCCAGAGGUCCCGGCGAGGGCCUAUCAGGGGCGGACAGGCGGGCGCGCCGGGCGCCUGGGCUGGUUUGACGGAGGGAGUGGCGGCGGCGGCGGAGGAUGGAGGCGGUGGUGUUCGUCUUCUCUCUCCUCGACUGCUGCGCGCUUAUCUUCCUCUCGGUGUACUUCAUAAUUACAUUGUCUGAUUUAGAAUGUGAUUACAUUAAUGCUAGAUCAUGUUGCUCAAAAUUAAACAAGUGGGUCAUUCCCGAGCUGAUUGGCCACACCAUCGUUACCGUGUUGAUGCUCAUUUCAUUGCACUGGUUCAUCUUCCUUCUCAACCUGCCCGUUGCCACUUGGAACAUAUAUCGGUUCAUCAUGGUGCCGAGUGGUAACAUGGGGGUGUUCGACCCGACAGAGAUCCACAAUCGAGGUCAGCUGAAGUCACACAUGAAGGAAGCCAUGAUCAAGCUCGGUUUCCACUUGCUCUGUUUCUUCAUGUAUCUUUACAGUAUGAUCUUGGCUUUGAUAAAUGACUGAGGCCGCCGGAGCCGUCUACACCACCCAGUGCAGUUGAGGAGCCAGAGACCAUGUGAAUCAUCCUUAGAAUUGUGACCAUAACAGUAUAUUUUUUCCUCUUUGAACUAAAUAAAAUAUUUUUGCUGUAUUUUUACCAUAUAAAGUAUUUAAAAAACACAAAUUGAGUUUUUGUAGAUUUCUGGUUCUCUACUUUAGCCUGAAUCCCAACACACGGCUCUCAUCGUUUUAUGCUGAAGAUUGGUAUUUGCAUGUAGCACGGCCGCCCCAGCCUUGCCUGCCGCAGAGACAGAGGGAAGCCUGUAGGCAGAGCGCAGAGCGAUGCUGGCCACCCAGGCAGAGCAGCAAAGUGUUAGCCUUUGGCCUCUACUGUGGCGGCUUCGUAUGUUCCGUAUGGUUUACAGGUUUAUGGGACUGUCCGCUAAAAGUCUUCUCAUAAGAAUGUUAACAGAAAAUGACAUUUCAAAAACCUAUCUCUUUGAAGAAUUUGUGAAAUCUUAUAAGCCAUUUGCCCAGGUACAGUGUAAUUGCUGCUUCUAGAAAGGAAAAUAAAUCAAAAAAGCAAAAUUU